AUGGCGCCCGCCACCCGAAUCCGUACCUCCACUUCUUACAUCAAGGCCGAAGAUGACUGUCCCUCGACCCUACGAGCUCGCCUGCGCGACGAUCCUCCGCCAAAAGUCUCUCCCACCAAGCCUCCUCCAUCUCAGAGUCUCUACCAACAGCUUCAUGCCUCUCUAGGCAAUUACGAAAGUGCCCCCAAGCGAGGCAAAAUGGCAGUUCAGGAACCUGAAAGCAAUGACCCAGCUACCCAACUUCGAGAACAUCUCGAGAAAGCACACGUCCAAGUCCAAACCGAGAUUAAACGCUUCUCUGACGAAUCUUCAAAGACACUGACGCAAAGCCGAGAUCUCUACGCCAACAUCGAGUAUCCCCUGUCAAAAACCCUAUGCGACUCGGAAGAUCACCCCCGGGCAAGUAUCGAAGUCCACCUCAAUCGUCUCAAACAAGACAUCGCUGCGGCGAGGGAAGAAGUUCUUCGACUCGGAACUGAGUGGGAGGAAUGUUGUCGAACGGAAGAAGAUGCCUGGAAUGAGUUCAAAAAAGGUUUCGAAGACCGUGGUCGAGGAUCGAAAGGUGUGAGCAAGAAAGUGAACGCAGCAGCUGAGGACUUCAAAAAAGAAGCAAGGGGGAUUGUUGAGGCUAAUUGUCAACUGUUGGACGAGGUUGACCAGGACUUUAAACAAAAGAUUCAGGAAGAAACUCAAAGGAUAAUGGCGACUUUGCUCGCUGGUAUUUGA